AUGGACAUCGGGGCACUGACCCUUGCCUUGCAAUACCGGAGCCUCCCGACGGUGGGCCUCGGGGUUUGCUGGGCUGGCCUUGUGCCCGCAGCGACAGCACAGCCGAUUGAUGCUCUGGGACACCGGCCACCAUACUGGUAUGUCUCUGCAAUGGACAUGAUCCGCAUGCUCCUUGAUGAUGGGCACUCGCCCCGCCUAAUGGUGACAAUGCUCCGGCAGCUCGUGCAAGCCCGGCAGGACUCCCACUACACCACAAACAGUGAGCUGCUUAUCCAGGACUUUGCACAGUUCAUUGGGGUACCAGGAGAGGGCUAUGAUGGAUGGAUCCCCCUGGAAGGCUACUCUGCGCAGUGGGCCCGCUAUGUGGAGGAGAAUUGGCACGAGGAGUACAUGGAACAAUGGUUUCCCAUGGAAUCCUUGGCUCUGGAACGCCUUGGGCAGGACACCUCCACUCUGCUCACGCCCCUUCCGCCCACUGCUGGCGCUACUGAUGUCCGAGAAGUGAGACGACAGGAGUUCAACAGGAAGCGCACCUUACCUGCUGAUACAGCGCUCCUGCACGGCCUCACUCCGGAUGGACCAGCUGUUCCGCUCACGGAAUGGAGCGCCCAGGAACCCCGGGAUGAAGGCUCGAUCCUGAAAGCCCAAUGGGUGGAGGCAGCACUCAGUUUUCUCUUCCGAGCGCGCCCGGAAGGUCACCAUGAAUGGGCCCUUACACAGCUCCGUACAAGGAUCCGAGGCCGUGCUAACCAGGACUAUGUCAGAACAGCCCUUGAGUAUGUGGACGAGCUCGAGCUCAUUGCUGGUGGCCAAUUCACGGAGUCGGAGGCACCGGAGUAUGUGGUGGACUGGGCCCUCCUGUCCGAGCGAGAGCUCUACCGUCAUCUCACGGCCAUCGCCACGGCGGCCCCGGCAUCCUCGUCCGUGGUUCCCGCUUGCGAUGCUUCGGCCCUGGUGCAAACAAGUGUGAACAAAAGAUGGUUGAAGACCUCGGCACCAAGAAGGCGAAGAUCCAAGGGCACGAGCAAAGGGGGUGCCUCCGGCCCGAGCAGACCGACCCGCACGGGGGCGGCACGUGAGACGUCCGAAACCCUCCGCCUCACCGAGCGGGUUCCCCUCAGCCGGAGUGGCCGUGGCAAUCCAGCCUGCCCCGCGGUUCGAGAGCCAAGCACUCCGCCAACAAGGCUCACGAUCGAAGGUGCGGUGGACAUUUGGGCCAUGAUGCUUGGCCUAGCCACAGAGGAGGAUGUGGAGCGACGUCCGGGUGAGGUGCUCGGAACUUUCCCUCGUGAGACGAUCCCAGAGACAGUCCUCAGCCACAGCCCCGCCGACCGACUUACGCUCAUCCUGGCCUUUCAACGGGUGCUGGCCAAGCUCCUGAAUGCAGUGGGUGCUUUGGUGGAGCAAACACUGGUCAGGGAACGUGAGCGCUUGGCUGAAAACCGCAGAGACAGCGACCGCCGGAAUGAUGAAGAGGAUGGUGCAUCAAUGAUGCAAUUGGGCCUAAUUACCACGGAUGCUGAGUUCGCCUCCUUCCUCCAUGAUUUCCACUCUGCCUUUGAACAGAUGUCAAAGGCGGCCAGAUAUGCUAAUGCGAGGAUCAUUUGGAGGUGGAUGGACUGGGCCUUCACGGAUUCUGCUUCGGGGCGUUGUUUGGGCCAUAUGGGGGGCCGAACAGCUCAGAUUUUGGCAGUGAUUGUGGCGGCCAUGGACUCAGCGCAUGAGGUCGAGAUGCCACAUACCGAGUCGAACCCGGUGUGGUGCAGCGCCUGGUGGACGCGCAUCUGUCUUUUCGAGCCUACUCACCCUGGCUCAAGGAAAGGCAGGGGGCUGGGACAACAGGUGGAUGAUCCAGCACCUGUGCUCUUCAUGAAAGCGCUCCCUGAGGACUCAGACGACUGCAGUGAGAUUCCAGGUGCAGUUGGAAUCCCAGCCAGGGCCUACCGCACAAAUAGGCUGAGUGAAAGGGAUGUGGAUGCUCUGGUGGAGGAGCACCGCCUCGACAUGCAAGGGGAGUCUGACCAGAUGGCAGCAGAGGCAGCCAUGCAGGCGGAGAUGGACGAGGCAUUGGAGGAGGAGGAGAACAGCGAAGCCAUGGCUCUAGCCGACGACUACCUUCUCGAACAAGGACUCCUGCAUGAGCUCUCCCCAGUUGCAUACCGGGCAUGGGAGCAAAGGGUGGUACAAAGGGUUAUGCGACGUGGAUAUGGGCCCUAUGAGAGGGGAACACAGUGGCUGGAAGUCGAACUGGCCUCUGGCAGUGGUGACGCCCCUCGCACGAGCCAUGUCCAUCGCUUCCCACUUCCGAGGGAUGGUCAAGUAUUCCACCUGACUGCCCGGGUGACACGUGGACCUCUGCAGGGCGCUCUGCCAACACAACCGGCGGACUGCCCGCCUACGGAGCCUCGCGUGGAGCCAGCUGGUCCGGCUGCAACUCAGGCCGACGAGGGAGGUACAGGCUUCUCGGAAGCGAGUACCGUCUUGGUGCCACCAGUGGAUGGAGGGCAAAAUGCUGGCGCCGAUAUGACUCUCCCAGUGACUGCUGAGGGUUCCGAAGGGUGUGAUGUGACCAGGGAUGAAGGGGAAAGGUCAGCAUGCAAAGGGGAAGCAAUGAAGCCCAGCGAUGAGUCCGUCCACUACCAGGCUGCUUCCUUGAGUAUGCCCGAGUAUGAGCAGAUUUACAGUAUGUGGGCACAGGGAGGGAUCUCACUUGAUGAAGUCGAGGCCAAGUACGGAGCGAAUGUUCGUGAACUCAUCGAGGUGCAAUUUGUCGCAGUGUCCGGUGGAUUCGAUACACAGGUUUGA